AUUUUCAAAGUUUAAAGUGCUAGUCAAAAACGUUUAGUGUUUAAAGUGCAAGAAUGUGAUACUUUCGGAGUUUAAAAUACCAUUUUUUCCUAACAUAAACUAGUUAUCUUUUGAAAUACGUAUGUAUAUCAAAGUUGUUUGUUUGGGAAGUUGGAUUUAUAUUUAUUUAUUAUGUUUAGUGGCAACAAUAAUAUUUUCAUGAACCAUAUGACUGGAAGAUAAAGAUUGGAUAGCAAAGUUACAAACACGAAAUAUAUAGUUCACAAUCUAGCUGCCUCUCUUCAAGUCCUUAAAAAUUCCAUUCGCCAUUUAAAGUUUCUUCUUUUAGUUUUGGUCCAACACUUUAACACUUACCUGUUUUUUUUUUAUUUUAAGUUGUUUAUCUACUACUCCCUCCGUUUUUAAUAUAAAUCGUUCUAGAAAAAUUUUUAUGUUCUAAAUUAUAUGACAUUUUCGAUUUUCUAUGUAAAAUUUAUUAACAUUUAAUGUUAUAUGACCAAUGAUAAUAUACCUUCUAUUUUAUUAUUGGUCGAGUUAUGGUUAGGUAAAUAAUUAAUGAUGUUUUUGCUUAGAAAAUAUAAAAAAUUAAUGAUUUCUUAAUCUAUGUGCACAAUUCUGAAACUAUUUAUAUUAAAAAACAGAUGAAGUACUGAAUACUGGAGUAUUUAAAGCAAUAACUUUUUUUCUGAAUUUACGUGCAAGUGUAUAUAGAAACAAAUACUAUACAACCCAACUUUGUAGACUUUAAAGUACUAGAAAUUAUAUUCUCUCCGUUACUUUCCGUUCCCGAAAGUAAGAAUUUUUAGAUCUUCUUCUUGUUUCACAAAGAUAGAUUUUCUAUAUUUUUAAGAAACAUUAAUUACAAAUAUUUGAAUUGAUUAGAUUUAAUUGGUGGAGAGUAAUUGGAAAGUGUAUAGAAAAAUAAAUAAUAAAUUAAACUGUUAAUAUUUAUUAUAUUCUUAAUAAACUUCAAAUCUCUAGAAAAUUUUAUUUUCGGGAACGGAUGUAGUAUUUCAUUCUUUGUGAAAAGAAAAUAUUUUAUGCAUAUUAUUGUCAAUAUAAGUCAACAAAAAUUUAAAAUAUAGCAGUUUCCAAUCUUAUAAAAUUCGCACAAUUUAUUCACUAUAUCUCUUACAAUCGUAUUUUCGAUCUUAAAUCUUCAUAUUUUGUAAUAGAUACACAUUUGGUAUUAAGAUCUCUUACAGUGUUAAAUAUUAAUUGUUUUUAUUUAAUUAACAUUACCAGCUAAUUAUGUCUGAUUGUAUUUGAUCCCCUUUCACACGUACGUACACAUGAUGACUUCAGAGUUCUAUAUAUGUAUCUAUAUCUUGGUCAGCCAUUAGCAAACCCCAAUAUCUCUCUCUCCUCUCUCUCAUAAGAAGGUACGCUUCAAUUUCAUUUUUUUUAGACAGCACUAAUUUUUUCAAAUUCUUUGAAGCUUUUAGACAAAACGUUUAGAAUUCAAGAAAGUUGUUUUUUUUUUUUUUUGGUUCAAGAAAGUUGUUGUUCACAUAUUUUCAUUUUCUUUGUUAGUUAAUAAUGUUCUUCUCAUGCUUACCUAUUUUCAGAUUCUUGAUUACUUAAGCAGCUAGCAAAAAUGGCCACAACGAUGAACGUAUGGUCUACCAAAUGGACCUCCGGAUUGGAUAUUGAAGAGUACAAUAUCAUCCACCAAUACCACAUGAACUCACUCUUAGGAGAUUUUCCACAAUCUCUUUCAUCUCUUGAUGAUACUACCACUUGUUAUAACUUUGGUGCUUCUUGUAAUGAUGAUUUGGUUGAAGAGAAACCUUCAAAGAUCCUCAAGACCACUCACGAAUCACCAAAUUUACAUCUUUAUCCUUUUCCCAAUUCUACUUCUCCACACCCUCAGCCAUCUUCUAGAAUUCUUUCUUUCGAAAAGACGGGAUUAAAAGUUAUGAACCACAAGUCUCCAAACUUAAUAUUUAGCCCCAUGGAAAAAGUUGGAUCAGCAGAUCUGAUAAGAAGAGAGACAAAGAAGGCUCAACCUUUAACUCGAAGCCCAUCAAAUGCUCAAGAACACAUAUUGGCCGAAAGAAAACGGAGAGAAAAACUUACUCAAAGAUUUGUAGCUCUUUCCGCCCUAAUUCCUGGUCUAAAGAAGAUGGACAAGGCUUCCGUGUUGGGAGAUGCAAUAAAGCAUAUAAAGUACCUCCAAGAGAGUGUGAACGAGUAUGAAAAACAAAAGAAAGGAAGAACAUUGGAAUCAGUUGUUCUUGUGAAUAAAUCUCAGCUGGUUUUGGAUGAGCUUCAUAAAUUAUCACCAUCUUUCUCAGAUGGAAAUCGUGACUACUCAAGCUCGAAUCUUCCAGAGAUCGAAGUUAGGGUUUCGGGAAAAGAUGUUCUUAUUAAAAUCAUAUGCGAGAAGCAAAAGGGUAAUUUGAUCAAGAUUAUGGGUGAGAUUGAGAAGCUUGGAUUAUCGAUCACCAACAGCAGUCUCUUGCCAUUUGGACCAACUUCCGACAUCUCUAUUAUCGCUCAGAAGACAGGCGAUUUUGAUAUGAAAGUUGAGGACGUUGUGAAGAGCUUGAGUUAUGGUUUAUCAUAGUUCAUGACAAUGGUUUCACAUUCUUCAGCGAUUUCUCUUAUCCAAGAAGCUAAAGUUGAUUUUCUUCCAUCAAAAUGCUUUUUAGCUGAUAAAUUUGUUGUAUGGAUCCUAAGUCAUUUGUAGAAACCUUGUUCUUGUUGUAUAAGUUUCCCGAAGACACAUAUCAUCAAUGUUUAGUAUACGGAUUUUUGUUCGCAGCUACUUGAUUGUUUCUUGCGUUGUAAAACAUUCCGUUAGUUAUUAAAUGACAUU